AUGGCUACGGCGUCCGUUUCUGUCUCGUCAGGGGCUCCAAAGGUCGCGCAAGUCGACCUAUAUAAGCGCCUCCGCUCCAGCUUGGGAUCAAAUCACGACCAACACGCACUGGAUCUUGACCACUCACGGAUCAUAGCCAAGUUAAGCGGGAAGGAGGGAAGGGAGGAAGCCAUGUCCGCCGCGGAGGGAGCCGUCGUGUUCAGCGAGGAGAAGGAGGCGCUGGUGCUCAAGUCAUGGGCCAUCAUGAAGAAGGAUUCCGCCAACCUCGGGCUCCGCUUCUUCCUCAAGAUCUUUGAGAUCGCGCCGUCGGCGAGGCAGAUGUUCCCGUUCCUGCGCGACUCCGACGUGCCGCUGGAGACCAACCCCAAGCUCAAGACCCACGCCGUGUCCGUCUUCGUCAUGACGUGCGAGGCGGCUGCGCAGCUGCGGAAAGCCGGGAAGAUCACGGUGAGGGAGACCACCCUGAAGAGGCUGGGCGGCACGCACUUGAAAUACGGCGUGGCAGAUGGCCACUUUGAGGUAUGUUCACUUGCACCGUCAGCCUCGUGA